CCGUGACAGUAACUAUCAGUAGUGGUCAAGAGUUAGACAGACAAAUGUCGCCAGAGAUCACGCAGCCCACUGCAACGCCCAGAGCGGAAGAUGAGGAAAGCGGUCUUCGAAAGAGGAAGAGGAUAUUUGGCCAUUUGGAAAAUUCCAUUUGUCUGUUUUGUCAGACUGAUACAUGAGCCUACUGGAUAGCACGCAUGUUGACUGAUCUCAGAUCAGAUAUUAGCAGCAGUGCGGUAGGAAGCUCUGCAGGGAGGAGAUACAUCUACUCUGGCCGCAGGACAGACACCGUGAAGGCUUUUCUCAGUUUGAACAACAACGCUGGACGAAGACAGUAUGUGGACACUGGCCUUUCACAUGGUUUUCAUCGGUUCAUACCUACAGGGCAUCGCAUGCUACCCAUCAUGCACUUUAUACGGCAUUGUGGCUAAUUGUGCCAUGCGGCACCACUACUGGGUUCCUGCUCUGCCUCCCAACAUCACAGACCUCUACCUGGAGAUGAACUACAUCGGUGAGAUCAACAGCAGCUCGCUCAGAAGCUAUGACCAGCUGCAACGAGUAGAUCUUGGAAGUCAGAAAGUGCAGCUUGUCAUAAGGAACAACGCUUUCCUCAGGCAGAGAAAACUGAUAAAGUUGGUCCUUGGCAACACCCAGCUUCAGCUGGAACCAAGGGCUUUUGCAGGACUGUUUAACUUACAAAAUUUGGUUUUGGAUCAUUGCAAUUUGGCAGACUCUAUACUGGCAGAAAGCUAUCUGCAGCCACUUUUAUCCCUAGAAAAGCUUGAUCUCUCUGGUAAUAAAAUAGUGAGACUCCGACCAGGACUGUUCUUUUCAAAACUUACAAAGUUCACACAACUAAACCUCAAAUUGAAUCGUAUUGAAAGUUUAUGUGAAGAGGAUCUUGUCGGUUUCCAGGGGAAAUACUUCACACUUCUGAACUUGCAAUCCAAUUACGUUAGGUAUAGUGAUGAUUUUGACUGGGAAGGAUGCGGGAACCCUUUCAGAGGGAUGGCCUUUAAUACCCUUGACUUAUCCAGCAAUGGGUUCAGCGUGACCAUAGCAAGAAAUUUUUUUAAAGCAAUACAGGGUACCCCAAUUGCUCAUGUUAUAUUAUCUGGACACAUGGGUAAAGGCUUUUCAUUUAACAACCUUCCAGAUCCAGAUAAAAACACAUUUGAAGGCCUCAUGAAUAGUUCAGUUACCAUUUUAGAUCUGUCUAAAAACUAUAUAUUUACUUUGCAGAAGGCUUUUUUAAGUCCUCUAAAGGAUGCAAAAAUCGUUGACAUUUCCAUGAACAAAAUCAAUCAGAUAAACAGAAAUGCCUUUGAUGGUCUUCAAGGACAUUUACGAUUGCUCAACCUGUCAUCUAACCUCUUAGGAGAAAUAUAUUCUCACACAUUUACCAAUCUGACAGACCUACGGGUGUUAGAUUUGUCAUACAACUACAUUGGGGCCUUGGGACAUGAAGCAUUCAGUGGUCUUCCUAAAUUACGAGCGUUAUAUCUGAUGGGAAAUUCACUGCGAGUCCUAGGUUCUCCUGCACCAUUACCAAACUUAGAUUUUCUUCUCUUGGGCGACAAUAGGUUGACAUCUAUAUACAACAUCAAUAAAUUGGGUAAUAACAGUAUUUAUGUGGAUGUUGCAGACAAUAAACUAACAAAUUUGGAUGAUAUUUUUGUAAUUUUAACCCAAUUCAGGCAUCUCCAAACUUUCUUCUAUGGUGGCAACUUGAUCAAGUGGUGCAGUCAGAAUGUUACAGUACCUCACAAUAAUAGUUUGCGAGUGCUGGAUCUUCAUGACAGCUCCCUGCAUAUAAUCUGGGGGCGGGGGGAGUGCCUCAACCUUUUUGAUCAUCUAGAAAAUUUGCAGGGUCUAAAUUUAAGCUUAAACUCACUUGCAGCUCUCCCACGAGAGAUUUUUAAUGGUCUAGGCUCAAUCACAGAGAUCGACCUCUCAUCUAACGCCUUAACUUUUUUGCAGCCAGAUAUUUUCCCGGUCAGCCUGAAAAGACUCGACCUCUCUAACAACUUUUUAGCCGCUCCAGACCCAAGGACUUUUCAGUCCAUCAGCUUCCUUAGCCUGGCUGCAAAUCGGUUCCACUGUGAUUGCAAUCUGGAGAGCUUCCUGAAGUGGCUGAAAGUGACACAUGUAAACUUCCUCAGCCCGAUUGAUGAGUUCAGAUGUGAGUUUCCAGCUGCUCUCCAUAAGCGUUCUCUACUGGAAUACUCCACAAACGUCAAACCAUGUGAGGACAUCCAAGACCUUAAGAUUGCACUUUUCAUCCUCUCUGCUCUCCUCAUCAUUGCUUUCAUCCUCAGUGGGAUUGUUUACGCCCGUCUCCGAGGGCACAUAUUCAUUAUCUACAAAAAGAUCAUCAGUAGGGUUGUCAAGGGCCCAAAACUGACAACUUAUGUUGACGAAGUGCAGUAUGACGCCUUCCUCUGCUUUAGCAACAGUGACUAUGGGUGGGUAGAGGCUGCAUUGCUUAAGAAGCUGGAUAACCAGUUUUCAAAGGGGAACAUCCUCCACUGCUGUUUCGAGGCCAGAGACUUCUUGCCAGGUGAGGAUCACCUUUCCAACAUCAGAGAUUCCAUCUGGGGCAGCAGGAAGACUGUGUGCAUCGUCUCCAAAGAGUUCCUCAAAGAUGGUUGGUGCUUGGAGGCGUUCUCAUUGGCCCAGGGCCGGAUGCUGGAGGAGCCGACGAGCAUCCCGAUUAUGUUGGUGGUAGGGAAGGUGGCUCACUACCAGCUGAUGAAGCACCAUGCAAUCCGAGCUUUCAUCCAAAGGAGAAAGUACCUAAUUUGGCCAGAGGACCCUCAGGACCUAGAGUGGUUUUUUGAGAAGCUCGUCUCACAGAUACUCAAGGACACAAAGGUGAAAAAAUUUGCAGAGGACAAACCUGACGCUGCACAGUCUGUCAUCCAAUCUCAGAACGAGGACAGUAUCCAGCUUGAGGCCAUCGCUGCUAUUGCCAUGUGAACUCUAACUGUGUGAUAAUGUGUUGAUACCAGCAUCAUUCCAGCUGAAGUGUCACCAGUGAUCUUGCAUUUCAGGCUCCUCGGCAGGAUGAGGAUGAUGUUCUCCUCUAAAAAGACCUUUCUGAAAAGGACUAUGGGUAUUAUUAAUCUUCCAAGGGAGUAAUAGUAAAGGCUCUUCAAAAAGUCCUUCAUGUUUAAGUUUUAGAACCAGACUUAGAAGCUGUCUGGUCCUGAACACUUUCAUUCCCAUGUAUGGAAGUGAUCUGUUGCACAAUAUCAAGUCAUAUUUAUAAUUCCUUUCUCUAUAUUUUCAGUAUUUUGUCUUUUGUCAUUGUCAGCAUUUACUGUACUCCAUGACUCACUGACAUGUGAUCAUAAAGAAAUUAGUAAGUCAUUUGCUAAUGCUGUGUUGUUGAAAUUAACAAUAUGUAACACUGAGUAAGUGAAAUGUGUUUGAUUCAUCAAGCGUAAUAACAAUAUGUUGGGAUUCACAGGACCAAAGAUGAUUUAUCAUUUGGUAAAAUCAUCACUGGGCAUUUAACCCUAUGGGCCCUAGGCGUUUUUGGGGUAUUUUUACUGCCUUUACUUUUAAACUCAUAUCACAGUCAUUAUAAAGGCUACAUACACAUGCUAUAUCUUGUUUUUUUCAGGUCAAUCAGGGCUAACCAGAUUUGCCAUCAUUUCAUGACCUUCUAUGUGCCUGUAUUUUAUAUUAAUUUUUAUAUCAAUGAAAAAAACAAAUCCGUGUGACUAAAUUCUUACAUUUUUACAUGUAUCUCACCAUAGCAAGUUGGAAGAAGACAUAUUCUGCCAUAUAUGAAGAGGGGAGACUCUCUGGAAUCUGGCAAUAUAAGAACCAUGAUGCUGGGACAUUCUGUCAUUUCACAGCUGUCCAAAACAUGUGAUUUGUGCCAGGCGGAAAAUGAUUGCCAGUAUUUUUUCAUUAUUGCAAGAAAUUCCAUUGACUCAUUCACAAGUCAAAAAUGUGUUUUAUCUGAAAGAAACAUGCAAUAUUUACAUCUAAGAUCAUAGAAAAAUAGUUAACCAAGUGCAAUGAUGUCCUCCAAGAUAAUAUUUGCCACUUCGUUUGCAGUAAACAAAGUCUGUUGUUGUUUUUCAGUUUCACUUAUAUAUUGGGGGGGGGGGUCCCCCUCAAUGUAUAUGGUGACUACGGCCCUGUCAGCAUGCAUAAUUAGGCUGCAGUUGUCUGGGUGAGCAAAGGUGAAGUGGCUGGUCUUGUCAUACAAAGUUUGACUGAGUGACAACUGGAGAAUAUGGAGAUGUUUGCAUCUUGAAAGCUGGACUACAAAUGUGGAUAGACAGGGAGAAACACACGCAAGCCUAAGACGUGGUAAGAUACGAUAUUCCUCACUAUAUGAAGUGACUGAUAACAAGAUCUGUAUAAUGGAUUGUAAAGAAAUUUGUCAGGUUUUUAUUUUGUAGACAAUCAAUCUGUAUUUAUCUGUAUCUGUAUCUGUGUGGCAUCAUUGGAAAGCUCUGCUCCUGCGCUUUCAUGUGAUAUGCGUGGCAUUUCUGUGCGAGCCUGCAUUCGCGAGAAAUCCAUCCAACAGUAAUGUGUGUGCAGAGCUGUAUGAAUGACAGUCGCAGAGAAAAUCAAUAGAGAAGAACAGGUGUGAAUUUGGACGCACUAUGUGUCGUUCGGGCCCAUAGGGUUAAAGGCUUUUUCCUCUGCAUGCUCUUUGUUCUCCAAACAAAGACAGCUAGGUGACACCCAUCUCCACAGGAGGUCUCACCUCACACCUCAGUGAGACACAAGUCUCACAACUUGAUUGGACAGCACUGUUACAGUGACAUGCCUCUUUGUGAUGUCACCAAACUCUUAGCUAAGUCCUGCUCCUUUCAAGCUCUCUCUCUUGCUCUCCAGCUGUUGAACAGGUAACACCUCUUUCCGGCUGGGCCUGGAACAGCAGAGGCCCAGACCCUUGCUCCUUGCCCCAAACCACUAAAGUGAGGGCAAUGUAUCAUAGACUCUCUUGCAAACACAAGUAUUGCAACUAGCUUUCCAGCAACAAGGAACUAAGUGAGUUAGCACCCAGCGUCUAACAAUGCUAAACCCUGAGCGACCAGCUUCCUCGGAGUUUCACCUUUGGAACAAAGGACCCAACAAAGACUGCGCCUGGAACCAUCUUCCCAGCCUUCUUCUGCCGGCUAACAUAGCAGCACACCACCAAGUGACUCUUUCUUCCAUCCAUUCAAGGAUCGGUAACAUAACAACUGGGCAUAGCUUAUUACAGCUUUACAGGCUAAGCAAGACUGUUUAACUUGUUGUAUGUGAUUUGCUGUUUACUGAGUUAUUGUUGUGAUUAGAUUGCAGUUAGGUCAUUGAUUAGUUGGCUUCGCCAAAGCUAAGUAUUUAGUUUGCUAAUACUGUUCACAAACAGAUUCUUGCAUGCAACUAAACAAUCUGCACUAAUCCAGACCGUUUGCAACAUAUGUCACAUUGACAUAGACUCAUUAACAAAUAGGCUUUCAACAGAGCCACACCCAAACAGGCAUCUCAGAGGCCGUUUACACGCAAACGGAGAUUUCUCCUCUGGAAACGAGUCUUUCUAAAAACUCCGGCCAGAGUGGAGAUUUUGGAAAACUCCGGUUGCGCGUUUGCAUGUAAACUGAGAUAAACGGAGUUAUAGGCAGCCGACGUCACAGUAUGCGCCGUAACUUGCGCCUGUGUCAAAAGUGCGACCUAUGUUGCUAUGGUGACAGUGGAUACAUGGAAGGCUUGAGCUUCUCGUUACACUGCCACCUACAGGUUUGGCGUGCUCUUGUGUAUAUAUACACGGGUAAGUGUAAACGAAGAUCUUUUUGAAAAUGGAGACGGUGAAAUGUCCGUUUAUGAAAAUAGCCGGCAACGUGUAAACGGCCUCUCAAAGUUCCUGCUUCUUUUCCUUUGUCUUUGUCCUGACCACAUGGUCAGACAGACACCUCCCCCGACCUGGAGCCAGCCUUGAUUCGACCAUUUUGGUAGUUCUCUGUUGUCAGCCAUUUUGUUUUAUAGGCCAAACGGCUCUUUGAUCACCACACCCACCUUUGUCUUUCUCUUUUUCUCUCUCGCGCACACACACACACACACACACACACACACACACACACACACACACACACAUAUACACACUAAGCUUGUAUAUAGUUAGUUAGAAUUUGUGUGUUUUGGUU